GCAGGCGUGCGCGCGGCUUUUUUUCUGUGACUCCCACCUUAAACAUCUUACUCUCCUCUCUCGUUGUCUUAGCCGUCUGCGAAGAUGGCCGAGCCCUCCCCAACGGCACCUCAGAGUUAUCUGAGUCUCGUUGAGACGUGCGACAAUUUCUCGCCUGCGCGCUCUGCAGAGAAGCUGGCCACUUGGCGUCUUGCUCCUGGACCAUCAUCUCCUGCCAUCGGCCUCCUUCGACCCUCUGUCGUCUUGCAACUCAUCAACGAGAACAAAGGUACCCCAGAUGAACAGAAACCUUGGAGUUUCUUCCUCGACGACACGGACAAACCGGCGAUGACCUUCGCACCCUGGGUAGAUACACCCGCGAAGCGCACCGCGGUCAUGCAGGAGAUGCUCGAGCGCUGGCGCGACACGGGGCUCUACCCAAACGUUAUCGGGCCCCGGAAAUGGCGCGGGGAAAUGUACCCCAUCUACCGAAACCCGUUCGGGAAGAACGACGCGCCGCUCGAGGAGGCGGGCGACGAGAGCGGCCUGAACUACGCGUUCAGGAUGGAGCGCGCCGCGUGCGCCCUCUUCGGGACGGUCACCUAUGGCGUGCACAUGAACGUCUUCCUCGAUGACCCCGUGCACGGCUGCAGGAUCUGGGUGCCGAAGCGGGCGAAGACGAAGCAGACCUGGCCGGGGUACUUCGACAACAGCGUCGCUGGCGGAAUUCCGGCUGGUCUUGGCCCGUUCGAGUCGCUUGUCAAGGAGAGCAUGGAGGAGGCGAGUAUUGCGGAGGAGGUCGUCAGGAGCCACGCAAGGGCAGUGGGGAGCAUCAGCUACUUCUUCAGCACUUCUGAAGGGUGGCUGCAGCCGGAAAUCGAAUACUUGUACGACCUGCGAGUACCAUCGAACGCCGAUCCGGCGCCCUUCCAACCGAAACCUCUAGACGGGGAAGUCGAAUCUUUUGAGCUUUUGCCCCUGGAAGAUAUCGUUCCAAAGAUGCGCGCGGGGCUAUUCAAAGCCAAUUGCGCGGGAGCUCUGAUCGACUUUAUGAUACGACAUGGUUAUCUUACACCGGAUAAUGAACCCGACUUCCAAGAAAUUAUUACCCGGCUUCACGGAAGAUUCGAGUAUAAUACAUGGUGAAAACGCGAAGACUGUAAGCAGCGAGGUGUCACGACGGGCUUCACUGUAACUUUUGCAGUGUAAAUAGAAGUAAAAUGCCGAUCAGUCCCACUCCUGGCGACUUACGUUUAGUGGGAAGCAAGAGUCGCAAAUGGGUUCCAUCUUCCGCAGCUGUUUCGGUAUCUGGGCAUGGCUGUGGUGUCUGUAAACGGCAUAUUUGCCACGAAAUCAUUCGGAUAUCUUUAUCUUAGGUGAGUCCCAAGCAUCCUGUGUCUGUCAAUUUACUAUCACCGCCGCAUAUUCCGGAGGAUUUUAUACGUUGCUGGGCGCUGUGUUGGCGCCUUCUACAUAAACGGAAGUUGGAACGCCACAAAGCCAUUGCUAAGCGCCUGUUGGUUAUUUGUGACUGUUGGCAGCACAGGUGCAAGCGAUUUGAGGCCCCUCCCUCUGCGGGCUGGUACGUGUACGUUUCUUCGAACU